AUAAAUCCGCAAAGUAACUGUCACUCAGCACUGAGCAGUGAGCGGACACCAACAUUCCCAAAUUACAAUCUUUUGUUUCUUUCUGUGUCUCUCUCUUUCCCAUUCCUCUCUUCCCUUUCCUUCUCUCUGUUCAUGGCGCUAUGAGCUCCUCCGCCGGCUUCCGGAAUUCCGCGAUUCCGCAUCGCCAGAAACAUCGCAAUUCAUUCCUUUUCCGGUGCAACCUUCACAAGAAGAGAUACUCCUUCAUCGCCGGUCUCAGCUCCCCGGUGAAUUUCCGCCACCGAUUUCCCAAUUCCCAGCUUUCCGCUCGGAAGCUCGCCGCCGGCUUAUGGCAGCUUCGCUUUAUGGAGCGUUCUGGGAGUUAUGGCGGUGGGUCGUUUUGUUCGUCCAAGUCUGAGCUAGCUAAUGAGGAUUUAAGGAUCUACCCUCCCACUCAUCACAAAACCAGAGAUGGAUUUGAGAAGGUGAAAGAUCACCCAUCGAGGCUGCAUACUGUCUUGCAUUCAAGAAAUGGAACUCAAAAUGAGAUUGAAUCUUCUCUGCAGUGUCUUAAGUGUUGCAAGGAAGAGGCAACAAAAUGGGAUACUGAUCUUCCUGAAACAUCCAACCAGUUCCCUCAGAUUCAUGAUGUUAAACACAAUGAAGAGAGAAAUUUAGUAGGUGAUUCAAUUGUCUCUGCUCUUCUAGCAGAACUUCUUCGGGCUCAAAGGUGCAUAAAUAAGCUAAAAGCUGCAAAGAGGUCUUCUAAGAAAAAGGCACAACAAUUUGUUCACAAGUUUGAAGAAGAAAUGAUCUUUUGGAAGCAAAGAGAACUCAAAAAGUUUCAGUCAAUGUUGGAUGAGGUAAAGGAUAAACUGGGAAGGGAAAGGAGAAGCAGAGAGAGGAUGGAGUUGAUGAAUGCCAAGUUGUUACACAAGUUGGCUGAAGCCAACCAAUCGGCUAAGCACUUCAUGAAGAACUAUGAGGAAGAAAAACGAGGUCGAGAGUUAAUGGAGGAAGUGUGCAAUGAAUUAGCCAAGCAGGUAGGGGAAGACAAGUGUAGGCUUGAGGAGCUGGAGAUUGAAUCCAUGAAAAUUCUCAAGGAAGUGGAAGAAGAAAGGAAGAUGAUGCAGAUAUCCGAGCAUUUGCGCGAAGAACGGGUUCACAUGAAGUUGCUUGAUGCAAAACUCGCGCUUGAAGAAAAAUACAAUCAGAUGAUACAGUUCUUUGCUUUUCUCCAGAAUUCCCUAAGAUCAGAAGACAAAAACCAAGGCAUUGUGGAACUUUCAUGUGAUUUCUUAAAAUUUGAUGAUAUCUCUUCCAUUUAUGAGGAGCUCAGAAAUAACAACAGAGAUUAUGAGAAAGUGAUAAAACCGUGCGAAGAUGGCUUGAACAACCAUUCAACCAUACACAGGUCAAACUCAUCCACUGACUACAAUGCUGGUUUAGAAGUUGUCAGAGUCAACCAAGAGGAUGACUCUCCUGAGACACUAGUUACAGAGGUGUUAAAGAGGAAAGCUUGUUCUAGCUCUAAACUAAGGCCUUGCUUGACUAAUGGAACAACCAGUACUGUAUUUGCAGGGGUUUCGUCUUCAAUGGAAGGCUCAAGAGAUGAAGGCAGGUUCAGGCACUGGGAAUCAGAGGCCAUGAAUCCACACAUAACUCGUGGCAUGAAAGGUUGCAUAGAAUGGCCAAGAGGGGUCCCAAAAAGUAACUUGAAGGCUGUGCCUUUAGACGCAAAAUUGAGAAGCCAAAGGUCACAGUUGCAACACAUUCUUAAGUCAAAGGCUUAGGAACACGUUUGACGAGGGUCAAACUCGGUCAAACUUCUCUCGGGAUUUUUUGGUCCUGGCCUAUCCGUACACAUGAAAUAUGGCAGAGUUAUUAGAAAAGCAAUUGAGUUCUAUAGGCAAUUUCUAAUUGGAACAACCUCGGAAACAUUUCUUGCACUCAGUUUUUUUGAAAAUCAAUUUAUGGUAAUUGCAAUGUGGCUAUGAAGGAUGGAGAAUUGAAAAAAAAAAAAGAAAAGAAAAGAAAAGAAAAGAAAAAUGUAGUUACUGCAUUUUUUUUUUUUUUAUUUUCAUUCCACUGAUGCUGUACUUCAACCUCUAUUGGGCAAGGAAAGCGGUAAUAACUAAUGACAGCCUUUUAAACGAUUAA